AAUAACUCAGCGACGGAAAGUUCUCAAUGACUCAGUGAAAAAUUAUGCAUCUGACUGCUGUCAUUCAACAGUUAGUUAAACUAUUUGCUAUUGGUUGAUAUGACAUUCACAUGCGCGUGUCAAUUUAAUGGAUCUCUAUGAGUCUGGAGAGCAGUCAUGCCGAUGUUAUUGUUUGUGAAAUCAGCUGUUUAGUUUCAGUUUACCAACAACGUUUUGCGGACUCCGCCUUAACGUUGCAUCUAUUAUUUGGUUUAAUCGAGUUUUGUUCUAUUUUACGUUGAUAUUCAUCAUUCAGAAUAAAUCGACUCCAUCAGCCCGACCUGUUUUAUUGAAAAUCUCCGAAAAGUGCGUCUUCUGGCAAUUUCUAGUACUACAAAGAUGUUUAGCUAGCCAACUAGCCUACCUAGUAUGGCUACCCCCUAUCUCUUCUAAAUCAUGGUUGAAUUCAAACUAAGGCUACAUCUACAGCAAGAACAUUGUAACUAACCUAGUAUACAGCUACUUGGUAGUUUGAAUGCGCAGGUAUUAGGGCCAACCUCCCCAAGCACCAUUCUCCGUUAACCUGACGUGUUGUCAUUUCGAUUUCUGCCGUGUGGCCACCGUAGCCUGUCUCCAAUAUGUCCCUUAAGGACUUCCUAGUAAAUCUUUGUUGAGUAGCAGUGCAAGCAAUGAAGAAGGAAGGAGACUGAGGUAUCAGAUGUCAAACUUGACUGCUUAUGAACGGCACAAGCUCCUCAUAAAUCACUAUGUUCUUUAUUAUCCUGGAAGCACAACAUUGCUACAGCGAGAUACGUCAAAAGAUAAAUGUGACAUUGAUGUUAUUCGAGAGAACCACAGAUUUUUAUGGGAUGACAAGGACACUCCUGACACUUGGGAAUGCCAGCUUGCCAAGAAAUACUUUGACAAACUUUUCAAGGAGUAUUGCAUCUGUGAUCUGUCUCGCUAUAAAGAAAAUAAGAUUGGGAUGAGAUGGAGGAUAGAAAAAGAAGUUCGGGAUGGAAAGGGACAAUUUUCAUGUGGAGAGAAACACUGCCAGGAAGUUUCAGGUCUGCGCACAUGGGAGAUGAACUUCGGCUAUGUUGAGCAAGGGUUUAAGAAAAAUGCCCUUGUAAAAUUACGACUAUGCAGUGACUGCUCGUACAAAGUUAAUUAUCAUCAUAAACGAAAGGAAGUUACAAAGAAAUCUAAAUUCAAACAUAAAAGAGCAAAAGAAAAUAGGAAAAAGCACAAAAAAGACAAUGCUGAAGAAGGAGAAAAACCCUCUGUGGAAUCAGAAGGAAAAGAAUGCAUGGAAGAAGAUACCAAUACAGAUGAAAGCAUAUGGAAGGGUCCUGCAUCAGUUGUUGAAGAGAAGAGUAGAGAAGAAGAAUUUGAAGAAUAUUUAGAAGACCUAUUUUUAUGAUGUGGUUUCCUUUCUUUGCUUGGUGGCAGGUCAUUAGAAAGUCAAUGGAAUAAGUUUACAGAUUUUACUUCAUCCAAGUUUGUUUCAUCACAACCCCAGUAAUCAAAAUAUGCCUGUACUCAUGUCCUAAAUGUUCCCAGGUCCUGUCCUUCACACAGGAGGUAGUAGUCUAUGCAUGAUUUUCUGGAUCCUCAAGUGUGCCUCAGCCCAUAGCCUCACCUUUUUUCUCCUCAUUAGUCACUGAAACAAUCUUGUGCAUUGUCAACACUUUUUCAGAUGCAGCUAUCAGCUUACAAUUAACUUUUCAUCACCUUGAGAAUUUAACUUGUUCAAAUUGUUUACCGUAGUCCAGUUUUUUAUUUUUUGUAUAUAUAAUUUCUGGGCUCGACCUGUGUCACCCAGUGAAAUGUCCCUUAUAGCACUCAUUUCUAGGUAUAAAUAAAUGCUAAAUAUACCAGAGAUAAAAGCCAUAUGGAAUGCCAGAGUUACUACCUCCGGCUCGCUCACCCUCAUAGGGUGUUGGUAUAGCACAGGAGCGAGUGGAAACCACUAUCACAGAUGCUUUGCCAGUUAGAUGUCUCUUUUCAAAAUCCCCCUCUAGAGAGGUGCCGUUACAACGUUUACCUUCCGCUCACUACUACUACCUCUGCCAAGAACCCUCAUUCCUGAAUUAGCACACUUUGUGUUCACACGCACCAUUUUCACUGUUUCCAGGAAGUGUUUUUGCGGAGCAUCAUGUCUUCCCUACACCAAGAAACUUCUUCAUCUAAGUUGAGUAUUCCAUUUAUUGUUUUUUGAGCACGAUGGGGCAACGAUGCAUCCAAUAUUUUGCCCUUAUUUUAAGACUCUUGUUCAUGGGAGCCAAGCAUGAUGCUUCUUCCGAGUCAGCCAUUUUGGAUGCAUGGUUGGCCGCGUGCGCGGUUAUAUCAGAAUUUUAUUUUGCUGUGUAAUUUUGUUCACUGUUUAGCACUUCACUGUAUAGGCUACUGUUUUCGUAUAUUUUACCGUCUCGCACCUGACGAAUACUGAGAGCCUUGUUUGUUACGGUUUGAUCCUUACGUUAUUAGCCUAUUAUAGGGCCUUUUUCGUUAUCAGUCAUUCAGGAGCGAGUUGGUUCCCUUACAUGCAUACGGUGAUAUGCUUCUUACUACGUUAUGUGCGAGUAUUGUGGUUUAGGCGUCCUAGGCUAGCCUAGCGGUAUGCCAGUUUAGUUUUAAGAGGUGAAGAUUCCUCACUCAUUCGCAGUGCUCAUGCACGUAUGUUUCUAGUUUAGUUUUUUUUUUAUAAUCUUGUAUUGCUAUAUUUGAUGAGGUUGGGAGUUCUUCACGAUGACCUACCCUAGCCUAUCCGACGAGACCUAGGCUAGGUUUUGGAGGGUGGGCUAGGCGGGUUGAGUAUGUCCCACCACCCUUAGUGGCUCCUAGUACCGCCAACUCGACCAGGCAGAUAUGUUUGCUUGGAGGGUGGCCCAGGACUAGAGAGUUCCUUUCUUGUUACGUAUGUAGGGGCUAGGCCUAUCUUACCUGACCAGAUCGGUAGAUUCGAUUUUGGAGGGUUGAGUUAGGUUCUAGGUGUCCUCUUCGUGACGUCCUUAUAGGAGCCAUCUUAGCCUACCUGACCAGAUCUGUACCGAUUUCGGAGGGUUAGGCUGGGAUCUUAGUUGGCUGCGGUUUUCUCCCCCCUUUUUUGUCAGUACUUCCAAUAACUCCUCAUCAAUUAUUUUAUGAAUUUUGUUGAGUGUAGCCUGGGCCAUUGCUCCCUUUAGGGUGUCAGUCGGCCUACCGUCUUCUGUCCCCUUUAGUAGUAGGCUAGUUAACGGCUUCUCGAGAAGUGGUAUUCACUGAUCGGUUGCUGUGGCCAGGCGAUCACGACUCUUCCACUCUCCUCCAGACACCCCCCCCCUCCCUGUCCCGGACUUGUUCCGGCUCUGCUUUGUUAGCUCGCUGCCCAAGUAAUACUACUGAUGAACAACAGCUAGAGCGUAGAGCACGGUCCUGGGGAUUAGUCGGAGGAAAUUGGGGGAUUAGUAGAUUAUGUAAUCUCUGUUGGUAUAUCUCCGGGCCUGUGUUUAUUCCGGUGAGGUGUGGUCUACCAUCACACCUGCCAGGAGGCUAUACGCCGGAGUUUACGUACCACUGUUCCGCCGCUCUGUUUUCCGUACUUCUCUAGUGUUAUCGCUGCUUCUCCACUCCAUUGGGGGCGGAACUAGGCUUAGAGAUGCGUUUCUAAUUGACUUGGAACUGCUACUCUUCUCCGGUGCAGUCAGAUUCAGGCUUAGGUUUUACCUAUUUUCCCUGUUCUGCUCGUAUCAGGCCAACCCCGCCCGUUAUAGCUACGUAUUGAGAUAACGAGAUUACGGAUUCCGGAGCAGGCGGAGACAUUCAGAGCUCAAUGUUAAGAAAAUUUAUUAUGUAUAACUGGGCGACAUUUAUUAGUUUAUAAUUUAUUUUCUGGGCUUGGCCAUGUCGCUCCGUGAAAUAGGUUCCUUUAGCACUAUUUCUAAGGUAAAAUAAUGUUAUAAUACCAGAGAACCGCUAAAUUUGAAAUGCCAGAAUAUUCUGGCUCGCUCACCUUUAUUAAAAGGCGUCGGUAUGGUUUCUGGGGCGAGUGAAACCACUACCAUGGGUCCUUCUCCAAUUAGCCUCUCCUACAUCAAAAAUCCUCAAGAAUAGGGGAGCCGACCUACGGCUCACUACCUGCUACCGUGUAGCUAGCGCCUGUGACGUCAUUCCUUUGAUGGCACUACUACACUGCACACGUGUUUUCUUUUGCUGUGUUGUGUUUCUCGCUUUUUGGAAUUUUACUUCGCCAUGGAUCGUCAAUCUGCCCUUUUAUUAGCCUGUGUUAGUAUGUCUCCAGGCCUGUGUUUAUUCCGGCGAAACCUGAUUUGAUUAUCUCUUAAAGGUUGAUCUGAUGCUCAAGGCCUCCUCGCUGACGACCCUUAAGGCCUGGGUAGGGGGGUAUGGGAGGAACGUUGGAUCCGGCCAACCCUACGUGCUGUCGGAGGAGAUGUGUUUCCUCCUCUACCCAAACGCUAAGGUUUCGGCAGCAGUGGCGGCUCCCAUUAUAGAGCGGAUCUGCCAAGAGACCCAAGCCCCUCCGGAGGACCAAGAGGGCUUGUGCGAUGAUAUGGCGGAGGAGGUGGUGGCCAUCAGCCUGCAUCGAGAGCCCAUAGCCAUCGAGGACCAGGAGGAAGGUAGGGAGGUAAGUGAGGCAGGUAAUCAUGGGGCUAACAUUCUCUCCUUCAACCCAACUCCUUCUUCUUUUCAGGGCUUCUCUGGGAAGUCCACGACCUUUGGGAAUAGGUCGGGCUCAGUAAUCCCCAAGGUGAAAACCUUGAAGACAAAGUCUCCUGCCGAAGGCGGUUAGACCAGCCAAGCCUUCUCUGGCAGGCUCCGCCAGGUCAUCGAUGUCCAUCCUGUCUCUGGCCCAAAGAUUGCAAACCCAGGAGGAAUUGGUGGCUGGAUUUAUCCAGUCCGGAAGCACACCGCAGUCCUUUGCGGUGCUGGACGCAUCCAAGCUCCCACACCAUUUGAGAAUAGCAACCCAUGUCGGUUGGCUCUACAUGCUCCAUUUUCAGAGGGCAGGCUUACAAUUGAGGGUUGCGGAACCCGACCCGUGGAAGACAUGAGUUUUUCCCGCCGGGCCUACAAUUCCCCUUCCCGGGCUACGCUAGGCUAGCCGAGGAAGCGUUUGUCAGGGUAGACAAGGUCCCGAAAGAGACAGUGGAUCUACCCUAGAGAUCAGGCUCAGUCGGCAUGGGUCCGCACCCUUACAGAAUGGGAGUGCGUCAACACCAAGUUGACGCCUCACAAAGGUUGCUUUACCAUGUUUGUAGCACCAGAUAACAUCCCGACACCUUGCACAUCGAAGAUCGCAGAAUUGACACUGCAAGCCGGAAUGGAGGAUAAACUCAUGCCUCAGCUAAAAGAGACGGAGGCUACCUCUUUGCUUUUUCCCGGAGAUCUGGAGUGUUGGGUUGGCGCUCCGGCAACGUUCACAGUGGGCAAACUCGACCCGGAGUGUGCCUCCACACAAUUCAGUGAACGUUUGCCUAGAAUUCCAGAUACCAUGAUAAAGUUGGAAUUCGAAGCAAGAUGUAGGCUGAGCAGGUCAAUUAACUAGUCACCACUGCAGAGUUGACAGCUUCUGUCUUUGCAGAGGAGCCUCUAUUCCGGGUCCUGACAAAGUCGCUGCUUCAGGCUUAUCAAUCGGACCUGUAUGAUUUCAUAGUGGCUAGACGAGACUGCAGGAAGCAUGUCUUUGCUAAUGCCUCCAUCAGGCCUGAGCCUAACAAGCCCAUAAAGGCAUUGAUCGGGGGGGGGGGCAACCUCUUUCCUGAGGACGUGGUUAACAGCGUCCUCAGCGAGGCGGAUAGGGCUAACCAGAACCUUCGUGUCCGCUGGGGACUUCCCUUCCAAAGGAAGUUCGAGACCCCCGGACCACAAGCCAAAAGUAGGAAGAGGCCUAGGAAGUAUCAGCCUUUCCAGACCUCUCAGCCUCAACAGUGGUACAGGCAGUUCCUGUCUCCCAAAUGAGUAAGCCUUCGACAUCUAAGGCACAACCACAAAAGCAGUUUGUUCUGCUGCAGUCAACCGAUUCUACAGCCCUCGAGUUCGGCUGCCCUUGUGACUUCCCCAGCCUUCAACCCCUCCUUUGAAACACAAGGGGCGUUUCGAGGCUAUAAUAGGCACGCAAGGGGUAGCAGAGCAAGAGGUGCUUACCGGCAGAGAGCUGGCUCUAGAGUUCUCUCAAGAGGCAGAGGCUUCAGACGAGGCAGAGGAAGUAAGACCUCAACCAGUCAAUGAGUCUCUCCAGGUAGGCGGGAGACUGUACCUCUCCCGGGACCAUUGGACCUUCAGUACAUGGGCCCACAGUAUUGUAUCGAAAGGUCUGGGGUGGAGAUGGAAAAAAGGGCCUCCUCCACCAGUCAGUUUCCAUCAGAUUCCAACGACAGACCUUCUAGACUAUGCCAAAGACCUUCAAAAGAAGGCAAUAAAGAAAGUCAUUCACCUGAAAUUUCAAGGACGUUUGUUCAGUGUACCGAAGAAGGACUCGGACAAAUGAAGAGUGAUUCUGGACUUGUCCCGUCUCAACUCAUACAUUCAAUGCAACAAGUUCCGCUUGCUAACCGUCUCGCAGGUGCAGACCUUACUUCCCCGUGGGAUCGUCACCACCUCUAUCGAUCUUACAGACGCUUACUAUCAUGUACCGAUAGCAAGAAACUUCUCUCCAUACCUAGGCUUCAAACUAGGAAAACAAGCUUACUCGUUCAGAGUCAUGCCAUUCGGGCUCAACAUAGCGCCCAAAAUAUUCACCAAACUAGGAUAGACAGUAGUGCAGGAGCUAAGAGCUCAGGGGGUGAUGUUAGUAGCUUACCUAGACGACUGGCUCAUUUGGGCAACCAACGACGAGGAAUGUCGCAAGGCAACAGCCAAAGUAAUAAAAUUCCUAGACUACCUGGGUUUCCAGAUAAACAAGGAAAAGUCCUGUCUCAUUCCAGCGGCUCGCUUUCAAUGGUUGGGAAUUCAAUGGGACCUAACCACACACAAACUAUCUCUUCCGCCAAAGAAGUGCAGAAAGAUAGCAAAAGCUACAAACGGGCUUCUCGUCGUACCCAAGAGAGAAUCUUAGGUUCACUUCAGUUUGCUUCAAUAACAGAUGUUCUGUUGAAAGCCAGACUGAAGGAUAUCAAUCAGGUAUGGCGGAAAAGAGCCAAUAACAAGUUCAGAGACAAAAUAUCCUUGAUUCCGCCAAUACUAAGGAAAAGACUCCACCCAUGGACGGAAGCCAUAGUCUUUCCAAAUCGGUGCCACUACAAUUUUACCCCGCCGUCUCUGAUAGUCCACACAGAUGCCUCUCUGAGCGGAUGGGGGGCUACUCUCAGUACAAGAAGGUUCAAGGAACAUGGUGGACAACAUUCCGCCAGUUCCACAUCAACGUACUAGAGGCAAUGGCCAUUUUUCUGACCCUGAAACGACUAGCUCCAGCCAGGAACAUUCAUAUCAGACUAGUCUCGGACAGCGCAGUGAUAGUUUAUUGCAUAAACAGAGGAGGCCUAAGUCAAGCCAAAUAAAUCAUGUGAUGAUUGCAAUCUUUUCGUUGGCAAGGAAACAUCAUUGGCACCUGUCAGCCACUCACCUGGCAGGAGUACGGAAUGUCAUUGUGGACUCACUGUCCAGGACAACUCCGCUGGAGUCGGAGUGGUCCUUGGACACAAAAUCAUUCAAUUGGAUUUGCCAACAAAUCCCGGGCCUUCAGGUAGACCUGUUCGCCAAGGAGUCCAAUCACAAACUUCCGUGUUAUGUGGCUCCCAAUGUGGAUCCUCUGGCUCAUGCCAUAGAUGCGAUGUCCAUAGACUGGAACAAUUGGCAGAAGAUUUACCUAUUUCUGCCAAUAAACCUCUUGCUGAAAGUUCUACACAAACUCAGAUCUUUCAGAGGACAGAUAGCAUUGUUAGCACCCAACUGACUGAAGAGCAAUUAGUUUCCUCUUCUACUAGAGUUGAAACUCCGUCCCAGAUGGAUUCCCAACUCAAAACUGACUCAAAUAGUACAAACUCAGACUGUGUCAGCUUCCUUAAGAAUUCUGAAUGCCCUAACUUUAUGGACUUCAUGAAGUUUACGGCACAGAAGGAUGCUAGUAUUGACCCACUAAACACCCUGUUCGUGGAGUCAGACAAAAGAGAAUCAACACCCAGGCAGUAUGAUUCGGCAGUAAGGAAGCUAGCCAUCUUUCUAAAAGAAUUGAAUGUCCAAAAUAUGACUACGAAUCUGACAAUUUCUUUUUUUAGAACUCUUCGAAAAAGGCCUAGCUGCUAGUACCAUUACUACGACUAAAUCUGCCUUGAGGAAGAUAUUUCAGUUUGGCUUUAAUAUUGAUUUAACAGAUUCGUACUUCUCGUCUAUCCCUAGAGGCUCGUCUGAGACCGGUAGACCGCCCUCACACGGUCUCCUGGUUUUUAAAUGAUGUACUCAGGUUGGCUUCAGAUACUGAUAACGAAUCAUGCUCAUAUAUAACCCUUCUCAAGAAAACAUUAUUUUUAAUGAGUCUGACCUCAGGCGCCAGAAUAUCUGAACUGUCGGCUCUCUCUAGAGAACCAAAUCAUAUUGAUUUCCUUCUGUCAGGAGAAGUUCUGCUCUCUCCAGAUCGGAAAUUCUUAGCAAAGAAUGAAGACCCACAAAACAGGUGGUCUCCAUGGAAGACUGUCCCUCUUCCACAGGACCCAUCAUUAUGUCCUAUUAUUACAUUAAAAUCUUAUCUAGGCAGAACUUCUAAAAAGUCUUCAGGUCCUCUUUUUAUUAGAGAGAAUGGUGGAACCAUUUCCUUGAAGGCCAUCAGACAACAAAUUCUUUAUUUUAUUAAACAAGCCAAUCUGGAUUCAGUCCCUCAUGUCCAUGAUAUCCGGGCAGUGGCUACCUCAGUUAAUUAUUUUCAUCAUAUGAACUUCGAGGAUCUUAAAAAAUAUACCGGUUGGAAAUCCCCGACAGCAUUUAAACGCCACUAUCUGAAAACUCUGGAGGCCCUUAAAUAUUCGGCAGUGGCUGCAGGAAACAUUGUCUCCCCUGAUAUGACCUAGUUAUGUAAUUCUAAAUCUGUAUUUUAUUAUUUUGCUAUUAAUUAUCUUUUGGUACUCACUCUCACCUUCCUGCCUCGCUUGUAAUCCCUGCCUUUCUGCCUUUUAUUCCAGACUGGAUUGAUCAUCAACCCACUCCUGUACAUGUACAUAGUUCAUUAACCCUCUUACGCCGAAGCCCUAAAAAUCAAAACCUCUCCUGUAUGCCGGGCCAGGUUUGGAGUGAGCGCGGAAGCGGAAAAAAUAAUUUUUUCAAAAAAUCACAGCGCUCUUAGUUUUGAAGAUUAAGAGUUCAUUUUUUGCUCCUUUUUUUGUCAUUGCCUGAAGUUUAGUAUGCAAUGAUCAUAAAUGAAAAAAAAUAUCAUUAUCAUAUGUAAAUGCGAUAUAUGGUGGCGAGAAAAAAAAAUUCAUACAUAAUUGUAUUCAAAUCGCGCUGUGCGAAAUAGGGUUAAAGCUAACGAGUUACUUUUUUUUCGUUGUAUUGUACACUAAAUUGCGAUCAUUUUUAUAUAUAAUACAUUUUAAAACGAUAAAAGCAACACCGGGAAAAUAUUAUCACAAAAUGAUGCACGAAUUCGUAAGGCGCAGACGUAAAAAAAUGGGUUUUUUUUAAAUUCACUAUAAAUCUACAUAUUGUUCUAGAGACUUCCAAUUUCUUUCAAAAUGAAGACAAAUGAUUGAAUAUUACGAUACUGUAAGAGUUUUAGAUUAGAAUUGCAGAUUUCGACCAUUUUAGACAAGUUAAAUUUGACCGAAUGUCGAAAUUUUUAUAUAUAUAUUUUUUUAUAUGCAAAUAUUUCAAAAAUGAGAAAAGCUACAACCUUCCAUUAUUUUUUGUUGUAUUCUUCUUGAAUUUGCACACAUUUUCAUAUAUGAAACUCUAUAAAACGGCUAACAUGAAAAGGAGCAAAUACUAGGAUAAUGCGACGUACUCAUUUCGGAGAUUUUCGGCUGCGAAUUGGCACGUAGGGAAAGAAAGUUUUUUAAAAAUUCACCAUAAAUCUAAAUAUUGUGCUAGACACUUUGAAUUUGUUUCAAAAUGAAGAUAAAUGACUGUAUAUUACUAGAUUGUAAGAGUUUUAGCUUACAAUUGCGUUUUUCAACUAUUUCGGUAGUGUCAAAGUCCCGAUUUAUAUGCAAAUAUUUCGAAAAAGUGAAAAGCUACAACCUUCAAUCAUUUAUUGUUGUAUUCUACAUGAAAUUGCGCACAUUUUCAUAUAUAAAACUUUUUGAAAUGGCUAAUUUUAAAUGGUGCAAACAUUUUGACAAUCGCACGAAAAAAUUUCAGAUUUUUUCGGAAGAGUUACCGCGCAGACGUAAGGAAAAUGUUUUUUUUUUUUUUCAUAAAUGCACCAUAAAUCAAAAUAUUGUGCUAGAGACUUCCAAUUCGUUGCAAAAUGAAGGUAAAUGAUUGAAUAUUACUAGAAUAUAAGCGUUUUAGCUUACAAUUGCGUUUUUCGACCAUUUCGGUAGAGUCAAAGUUGACCGAAGGUUGAAAUUUUUGCACUUAUCGUUAUUUAUAUGAAAAUAUUUCAAAACUGAUAAAAGCUACAACCAUGGGUUCUUUUUAGUUGUAUUGUGCAUGGAAUUGCGCACAUUUCCAUAUAUAAAACUUUAUGUAACGGCAAAUUUAAAAUGGUGCAAACAUUAGGACAAUCGCACGAAAAAAUUUAUCGGAAGAGUUACCGCGCAGACGUAAGGAAAAAGUUUUUUCAUAAAUUCACCAUAAAUCGAAAUAUUGUGCUAGAGACUUCCAAUUUGUUGCAAAAUGAAGGCAAAUGAUUGAAUAUUACUAGAAUAUAAGAGUUUUAGUUUACAAUUGCGUUUUUCGACCAUUUCGGUAGAGUCAAAGUUGACCGAAGGUUGAAAUUUUGGCACUUAUCGUUAUUUAUAUGAAAAUAUUUCAAAACUGAUAAAAGCUACAAAUAUGAGUAUUUUUUGUUGUAUUCUACAUGAAAUUGUGCACAUUCUCAUGUAUAAUACUCCAUGUAAUGGAUAAUUUAAAAUGGUGCAAAAAUUAUGUCAAAGUGAUGAAAUAAUUUUUGAGAUGUGUCACUGAUACUUUUUAGUGUGAUAAGAAAGAAAUUCGUGCUUGCGCCCCUGCGUGACUAUUGUAAACAAAACAACACCUUGAUCCGUGAACUCCCAGCAUCCCCCAAGGCGCGUGAUUCAAAAGUUUUCGGCUGGUAGGCCUAUAAGUAUUUUUCCGCAAAUUUUAAAAAAAACUUUUUUGAGUCGACGUAUGAUACGUCCAAUCGGCAUACGGGAGACAUUUUGACUCGACGUUUAAUACGUCCAAUCGGCGUAAGAGGGUUAAUAUGUUUGUUUUUAUGUUCAUUACCUGUUGCAUUUUCCUAGUGAUAGUAUGGAUUUGGUCAUAUUAGGUGCUUUUUACCAUUUGUAAUUUGUUAUCCUUACCUUGGUUAUUUUAAGGAAUUUUUAUUUUCCUUUCAUAUAAAUUUUUGUUUACAUUUUAUUUCCAAGCUUGUAUGGCCAAUUUUCUGUUACUAUUUCAAUGGGCGACACAGGUCGAGCCCAGAAAAGGGAUUUUGACAAAAGAAAAAUCUAUUUCUGGGGGAAGACCUGUGUCGCCCAGUGAACCCAUCCCUCUCUUUUUCCUUUUCCCCACCCUUUAGCUGGCCCAAGCUUGGGUGCGUAUUUCAGGAAUGAGGGUUCUCGGCAGAAGUAGUAGUAGCGAGCGGAAGGUAGACAUUGUAACUGCACCUCUCUAGAGGGGGAUUUUGAGAGAGGAGACAUUUAACUGGCAAAGCAUCUGUGAUAGUGGUUUCCACUCGUUCCUGUGCUAUACCGACACCCUAUAAGGGUGAGCGAGCCGGAGGUAGUAACUCUGGCAUUCCAUAUGGCUUUUUUCUCUGGUAUAUUUAGCAUUUAUUUAUACAGGCAGUCCCCGGGUUACGACGGGGGUUCCGUUCUUGAGACGCGUCGUAAGCCGGAACGACGCUUGGAAAUAUGUCUUAAACUAAUAAAAAGUUAUA